GCUCCGGCUGCGGGAAGGGGCGGAGGGCCCGGCAGGUGCCGGAGGAUGGCGGCGGGGGACCCGGAGCAGGCGCGGUACUGCGGGCGGCUCUCCUACCUGUGCCUGAAGCUCUCGCUCAUCACCUACUCCACCACGUUCUGGGUGAUUGGAGCCCUGGUCCUUGCUGUUGGGAUUUAUGCAGAAAUUGAAAGACAGGAGUACAAAACUCUAGAAAGUGCCUUUCUAGCCCCAGCAAUUAUUUUAAUAGUUCUGGGCAUUGUGAUGUUCCUGGUAUCCUUUGUGGGUGUCCUGGCUUCUCUGAGGGACAAUUUGUGCCUCCUGCAAGCAUUCAUGUACAUCCUUGGCAUCUGCUUGCUGAUUGAGCUGACAGGUGGAGUGGUGGCCCUGAUCUUCAGGAACCAGACAAUCAAAUUUUUGAAUGACAACAUUAGAAGAGGGAUUGAGAAUUACUAUGAUGAUUUAGACUUCAAGAACAUCAUGGAUUCUGUUCAAAAGCAGUUUAAGUGCUGUGGUGGGGAGGAUUAUAGAGAUUGGUCCCAAAAUGUGUACCACAGCUGUGCAGCUCCAGGACCACUGGCCUGUGGGGUGCCCUACACUUGCUGCAUCAGAAAUAAGACAGACAUUAUCAACACCAUGUGUGGAUACAAAACCAUUGACCAAGAGCGCCUGAGUGUUCAGCACAUUAUCUACGUCCGGGGCUGCACCAACGCCAUGCUCAUCUGGUUUUUGGACAACUACACCAUCAUGGCUGCAGUGCUGCUGGGCAUACUGGUGCCCCAGUUCCUGGGAGUGCUGCUGUCCUUGCUGUACAUCACCAGGGUGGAGGACAUCAUCACAGAGCACAAGCUGAGCGAGAGCCUGUGGGAAGACGUGCGCCCCAGAGCCGCCCCCGAGCGCUCCAGAGCUGACUGCUGCAUGUGCUACCCUGGCUGACCUGGGGGGCCCAGAGUGCAGCUGGAACCAGGAAAAAACAGCA